AUGGGUGGCUGUUGGUCUUUUCUGUUUCGAGCAAAUGAAUCAAAUAAAAACCCGAACCCACUGCCCGAUAGCGUCGAUCGAUAUCAACCUGAACCAAACCCGAACCACGGAGACGAGAAAAUAAGGUAUGAUCGCAGGAACUCUGACGUCUCUAUUUAUUUUCAAGAAACUCAUCGAAAACUACAGCUGAUGAAGCCGAUCUACGUUGCAGUUUAUCCUUAUCAAUCUUCUCAUUCAACAGACAUAUCAUUCGAUGAAGGUGAUGAAUUUGAAUUGAUUAAAGAUAAAGACGAUCUUUGGCUUCACGUAAAACAUUUGCGUUCAUCAAAUACUGGUUAUAUUCCCAAAAGUUAUGUUAACUUAGAUGAAACCACUCCGCUAAGAUUGGUAAAUAAUGAUAGAGGUAUUGCUGAGGUUUCUCUAUUAAAAUACAACAUUCCAUAUGCCUAUAUGGUGCGUCGUAGCGAUCGAACUGUAAACGCAUAUGUUCUAAGUGUUCGUCAAUCGCAUGAACGUCUUAAUGUAUUAGUAUGGCAUUAUUUGAUACGUGUUGAUACAAAAAAUAGAUAUUUUUAUUUUGAACAAGAAACUGCUUUACAACAUAAAAAAUUUACAUCGUUUCAUCAAUUAGUUACCGACCCUGACGUACUUCGAUGCAUUCCGCUCUCCGAACCAAUUAGUGCGACUAUCGAGUGUGAAGAUGAGUUAUGGAAAAUAGAACAUCAUGAAUUAAAAUUAAUUAAAAUGAUUGGUACCGGUCAAUUUGGAGAAGUAUGGUCGGGCCAAUGGAAACAGACAAAUAGUGAAACUAUUCAAGUUGCUAUAAAAAAGUUAAAAUUUCAUGAUUCGAAUACAUCAAAUGAAUUUGCACGAGAAAUUCAAGCAAUGAAAAAUUUACGAAAUAAUUAUAUUGUAUCACUGUUUGGCGUUUCAAAAGAUCCAAAAACAAAUGAAACCCUAAUGAUAACAGAAUUUAUGAUAAAUGGUGACUUGAAAAGUUGGUUGAAAAUGCAGGAAAUAUUUCCUGGUGAACACAUAAUAAUCGAUUAUGCAAAACAAAUUAUCCGUGGUAUGACCUACUUGGAACAUUGUAACUAUAUUCAUCGAGAUCUUGCUUGUCGAAAUAUUUUAUUGGGUAGACAGAAUAAUAUAAAAAUAGCUGAUUUUGGCUUAUCAACGAUCAUCAAUGGUGACGAGGUGGAGAGAAGACGAGCAGGGGAUCAAAAAUUACCAUUUCGAUGGUCAGCUCCAGAAGUAUUAGAAGAUCGAACAAAAUACAGUAUUCAGUCGGAUAUAUGGUCUUUUGGCGUUGUUUUAAUUGAAAUGUGGUUAAAAGGAGAUGAUCCUUAUCCAGAAAAGCAUGCAAUGUGGAUUAUAGAUGCUGUGAAACAUGGAAUUAUUCAUGACCGACCAGCUAACUGUCCAGAAACAUUUUAUAAUAAUAUAAUCAAACCAUGUUUUGAGAAAGUACCAAAUAAUCGACCGUCAUUUGCCAAAUUAGGAGUAUUAUUACAAAAGUAUACAUAUAUUAAAGAGUGA